CACUAUGAAAAGUUAACUUGCAGUUGCAUGCAAUUCCGCAUCAUUUGCAGUUUAAUAAAACCCUAAAUCUCAAAACACCCUAAAACAAGCAAAAAAAAGUCAAAAAGUUUUCUUUUUUUCCCUGAGAAUCAGUAUCAAUGGCUAAAAAGUCUAAAACCCAAGGUGAUGAAUGAAACAGAGUGACUGAACCAAUCCCAAAAGAGAGAGAUGAAAGCCAAAAGAAAAAAGUGGGGCUUUAACUUUUUGGUAAUGAAGUAAAUAGAUUUCCAUAUAAACUCCAUCCCUGCUGUUUUUUUAUUUGUUCAUCUUACACGUGCUUCUAACCUACCCUGAAAAAAUAUAUAUAAAUAAAUAAAAAAUCUCAUUUUAUUAUCAGCAAAAUCCAGCAGUUUUUGGUGGCCCUAUAUUCUGCAAAACUCAACUACCAAUGAUCAUCAAUCACCGCCGUUCAUUCACAAACACACCUUCCCAUCACUACCCUUUUCUUGUUUCUCUUAUUUACUUAGCUUGCCAUCCCUUGCCUGCAACAGCAGGGGCCACUUCUUAACUUUUGAGUCAUGCAAAUUGCAACAUAAAGUCAUCAACCCAAAACCCAAGAUUCUCAGACAUAUUUUAUUUAUAGAACUCCUCGCCCCCACUGUCCUUGUCUAUCUUUUCACCUUUUUUUUCUUCCCUUUUCUCUUCCUUUGUUUCAGUCACUCACUCAGUUCUUCACUUCAUUCAGUGUUAAUGGUUGUCUCUCUGGAAUCUGAUUUUGUUUAAUACCCAGAUUCAGUUUUCAGAACAUAUAACACAAUGAGGAAAAGGCAUUUAUAUCAUUCCGAGCAUCCGUUUGAUGAAUAUCCUUUCGAGGUCUUCGUCCAAGACUCAUGGCAAGCUGUGGAACUCAUAAGAAUAAAGAAUGGAUUCAUGACUUUGCAUCUGAUAGAUGGUCAAUAUCUGAUUGAGAAGAAACCCUUCUCUGAUUUACGUGUUAAGUCUCGGAAGGCAACUUUGCCCGAUUGCACUUGCUUUUUGAGGCCUGGUAUUGAUAUAUGCAUCCUUUCUCGCCCUCAGGAGACAGAAAGUCUCGAUGAAGAGACUCCGGAGCCUGUGUGGGUUGAUGCUAAAAUAAGUUCCAUUGAGAGGAAGCCUCAUGACUCUGAAUGCUCGUGCCAGUUUUACAUAAACUUGUAUGAUAACCGUGCUCCUCUCGGUUCUGAGAAAGGAACUCUUAGCAAAGAGACUGAAGUAAUAGGAAUCAAUGAUAUUUGUAUCCUCCAAAAGCUUGAAAAGAAUGCAUGUGAGGAUCAGCACUAUAGGUGGAAUUUCUCGGAGGACUGCUCGACAUUGAAACGAACUAAGAUAUUUUUGGGGAAAUUCUCAUCUGAUAUAUCAUGGCUGCUUGUUACAUCUGUUUUGAAGCAGAUUGCAUUCGAUGUGAGAUCGGUGCAGAACAAGAUUGUCUAUCAAAUUCUGGAUCAAGAUGAUGACACUCCCUUAAAAUAUAAUAAUUAUUUCCAUGCUGUAAAUAUCAAAUCUGAGAAUGGUAUUUCGGUAUCCAAUGUGGUCCAAUUUGACCCCCUUGGAAAUAAUGAAACUGAUGCAGUUUAUAGUGUUGAUGAAACCAAUCAAUGGCCAGUUUAUGAUGCUAUGAACUUGCGACGCUCUAAACGCAGGUUUGUACAACCUGAGCGUUUUGUUGGUUGUGAUCAUCCUGGAGGGACAGAUACUAGCUGGCAUCUUACAGCUGCUUGUAGAACUAGCAACUGGAGAGAAGAGGGAGAGGAACAAGAAGCCGAUAUGAACAUGCCGCUAUCACACUUGUUAUGCAUCAAUGCAAGUCCAACGGAAGAGCUUACCCUGUCUGAAAAAAGAGAUACCAUGUCCAAAAGUAAGAAUGUAUCAAAGGAGGUAAAAUCAGAUGUGACGACUCCGAGGAAACCAAGUGUGGGAAAUCCGAGCAGAUCAGGUGUGAAAUAUCCCAGGAGACCAAGUGUGAAAAAUCCAAGGAAAGAUGAAAAUACUCUUGCUAUUGUUCCUGUGUCUUCAGAAACAGGUGAUCCAGCCUUUGGAAACUGUCAUAUGCAGAGAACUCCAACGAAUUUAUCAGAAGAGAUUGAACAACUCUCUUUGCAUUAUUAUAAUAUGAAACGCUACACUGCGAACAAGAAGAAGAAAAUUCCUGCUUUAGAGUAUCUAGAUUAUGGAACUGGGUGGAAGGGAAGACCUCAACCAACGAAAGCACAGAGUAAAAGUUAUAGGUCUUCUCAAACACGAAUGGAAGAUUUUGAUGAACUGAAAACUUACAAAAAGACAACUCUGAGUGCAGGUGCAUACAAUAAACUUAUAAAUUCAUAUAUGAAGAACAUCGAUUCUACAUCGGUAAAAGAUGAGUCACACAUCAUUGACCGGUGGAAUCAGUUUAAAGAAGCAACGUCCACAGAAAUGAAUAGGAAAACAGAACCAGAAGAACCACCAGUUGAGGAGGAGGAAGAAAUGUCUGAAACUGAAAUGCUGUGGAGAGAAAUGGAAAUAUGUAUGGCAUCAUCAUACUUUGAUGACGAUGAGGCUAGAGUAUCCGCUGAGUCUCUCCGGAAAGCUAAUGAAAAUUGUCAGCAUGAAUUCAAAUUGGAUGAUGAAGUCGGGGUUCUAUGUCGUAUCUGUGGCUUUGUUAGCACUGAAAUAAAACAUGUUUCUGCACCAUUCCUGGAACAUAAAACCUGGGUAGCAGAUGGUAAUUCGUGCUACAGAGAUGAGACAGAGAAUAAAGCAGACGGAGAAGAGGGCCUGAAUCUUUUCUGUGAUUACACUACUAUACAGGCACGAUUAUCUGAAGAAAGUGACAAUGUAUGGGCACUAAUCCCUGAACUUAGGAAGAAGUUACAUUUCCACCAGAAACGGGCCUUUGAAUUCCUAUGGCUAAAUAUCGCGGGUUCUUUGAUACCUGCACUAAUGGAACCAUCAUCGAAAAAAACAGGUGGUUGUGUAGUUUCUCAUUCACCGGGAUCUGGGAAAACUUUUCUCAUUAUUGCAUUUCUUGCUAGCUACUUGAAGUUAUUCCCAGGAAAGCGGCCUUUGGUCCUUGCUCCAAAGACAACUCUAUAUACUUGGUACAAGGAAUUUAUCAAGUGGGAAAUCCCUGUGCCCGUUCAUUUAAUUCAUGGCCGUAGAAGUUAUAGAGUCUUCAAGAAGAAUGCAGUGAAGUUUCAUGGAGUUCCGAGACCUAGUCAAGAUGUUAUGCACGUUUUGGAUUGUCUAGAUAAAAUACAAAAGUGGCAUGCUCAACCAAGUGUUCUUGUCAUGGGCUACACUUCGUUCUUGACGUUAAUGCGAGAAGAUUCGAAGUUUGAGCACAGAAAAUUUAUGGCUAAGGUUCUGCGUGAAAGUCCGGGGCUCCUGGUAUUGGACGAAGGGCACAACCCUCGAAGUACUAAAUCGAGAUUGAGAAAGGUUUUGAUGAAAGUUGAGACAGAUCUGAGGAUAUUGCUUUCAGGUACAUUGUUUCAGAACAACUUCUGUGAAUAUUUUAACACCCUGUGCCUUGCAAGACCGAAAUUCGUGUUUGAAGUUUUGCGGCGAUUAGACCCUAAAUACAAGAGAAAGAAGAGGUUCGACAAAGCUCGCAAUUUGUUAGAAAACCGAGCAAGAAAACUCUUCCUAGACAAAAUUGCCAGGAAGAUCGAUGCUAGCGUCGGAGAAGAGAGGAUGGAAGGUCUUAACAUGUUGAGGAAAAUCACCAACGGGUUUAUUGACGUGUACGAAGGUGGGAAUUUUGACUGCCUCCCUGGUUUACAAAUUUACACCUUAAUGAUGAACUCAACAGACAUACAACAUGAGAUUUUGGUAAAACUCCACAAAAUAAUGUCUACAUAUACUGGCUAUCCAUUGGAAUUGGAGCUUUUGAUAACGCUAGCAUCGAUACAUCCUAGUUUGGUCCGGACUUCAAACUGUAGUGCUAAAUUUUUCAGUACAGAAGAGUUGCUGGAACUUGAGAAGAUCAAAUUCGAUUUUAGAAAAGGUUCCAAGGUGAUGUUUGUUUUGAACCUUGUUUAUCGAAUCAUCAAGAAUGAAAAGGUUCUCAUCUUCUGCCACAAUAUUGCCCCCAUUUAUUUGCUUGCGGAAAUGUUUGAGAGAAUCUUCCGAUGGCGAAAGGGUAGAGAAAUAUUGGUCCUUACAGGAGACUUGGAGCUAUUCGAGAGAGGAAGAGUGAUGGACAAGUUUGAGGAACCAGGUGGUGCUUCAAGGGUACUUCUCGCUUCAAUUACUGCAUGUGCUGAAGGCAUUAGUUUGACAGCUGCAUCCCGGGUGAUUUUGUUGGAUUCGGAAUGGAACCCUUCCAAGACAAAGCAGGCUAUUGCACGGGCUUUCCGGCCUGGUCAGCAAAAGGUUGUUUAUGUGUAUCAGCUGUUGGCAACUGGCACGCUCGAAGAGGACAAGUAUCGUAGGACCACAUGGAAAGAAUGGGUAUCCAGUAUGAUUUUUAGCGAAGCAUUCGUGGAAGAUCCGUCUCAGUGGCAAGCAGAAAAGAUCGAAGAUGAUGUAUUGAGAGAGAUAGUUGCAGAGGACAAAGUUAAGUCAUUUCAUAUGAUAAUGAAAAACGAAAAGGCUUCUACAGGUUGAUGAUCAGAGACUAGCUUCCCACCACAGUAAUAACUUUAGCAAGUCUAGGGAGGAGGGACUCAGACCUCGAGACUUGAUGUUUAAGGAGAGAGAGCAACAGGUAGGCCAAACUUGGAUUGUUUUCUCUUCAGCUUGCUUGUAUUAUGUUUUAUAAUUGUGCUUUCUACAGGUAACAACUUUUUAACUUGUAAAAUGGCACAACUUUCCUGCUGUCUCAUAGUUCCCUUCUUUCAGAGAUAACUUUUUUGCUUUGAUUUUUUUUUUUCCUUAAAGCAUCCAUGUAUCCUAUAGAUGAACAUGGACGUGGAGAUAUGAUCCUUUAAAUGCAUGAAAAUCGUAUCGGAAGCAAUGCCAUCUAAAAAUAA